AUGCAGACGCCGCAAAACGUAGAGGAGAAUCCUGCAUAUCAGCGAUGGGUCUAUCAGCGCGAAGUGGAACUUAGCCGCGCCUGCGGCCAAGCACCGGAGGCUGAGAAGAUUAGGUUCGAAGACGAACACGCGGACAGCCAGAAGCAAGCAGAUUUCGAGCUGCGAUGUCGCAAGUGCAGACGUACACUGGCAACGUCGCGGUUUCUCGUCGACCAUAAGCCGAGAACUUUCCAAAGUGACCAGACCGAGAUCCAACCGCCACCCGCGGACGCAUCCCUAUGCGCGCACUACUUCGUUGAUCCACUCUCCUGGAUGCGGCCGGAGCUCGAGCAAGGAAAACUUGACGGUCGCCUCGAAUGUCCCAAGUGCAAGACCAACGUGGGCAAGUACGCCUGGCAGGGCAUGAAGUGCAGCUGUAAUGAGUGGGUCGUCCCGGCGAUUAGCAUCUCCAAGGGUCGGAUCGACGAAGUCAAGUCGCGAACUGGUGCGGGGUCCGACGUCGCAGGUAUACGGCGGCCGCCCGCAGUGUUGGCGUCGUCGAACCGCGGACCUGGUGCCCAGAAUCUGUAG